AUGAUACAAGUUUUGUCGCGAUUAUUUCGAAACUCCACACAAGAAAUUAGAGUGGGCAUGCUGGGUUUGGAUAAUGCCGGCAAAACUACUCUAUUAUAUCAACUAAUAGGAAAUUUACAAAAUCAAGAAUUGCAGCCAACCUCAGGUUUCAAUCUGGAGACCAUAAGAUAUAAACAAUAUUCAUUAAAAAUUUGGGAUGUGGGAGGCGGCAACCCAAAAAAUCGUGUUUUAUGGCGGCACUACAAUGAAAAAACCACAAAAGCCAUUAUAUUUGUUAUAGAUGGCGCCGAUAUUCAAAGACUGCCUUAUGCAGCAAAUGAGCUGCAAUGGUUGUGGUGGAGACCUGAGUUAUCACAAGCAGUUUUCUUGAUAUUUGUUAAUAAACAAGACUUAGGCAGUAGUAGUACCUUGAAACAACAGGAAAUUGCAGAGUUAUUAGAUUUACGUAAUGUCUCAAUAUAUCAUUCCUGGGCUGUGCAGGAGUGUUGUGCCCUGACCGGCGAAGGUGUGUGGCAAGGCUUGCAAAAACUAGUGCAAAUGUAUAAGGAGCGUGAAACGAAAUCUAGAUUAUAUUUAAAAAAAACAGUGGAUUUUUAA